AUGGAUCGAAGUCAAGCUACAAAAACUUAUCUUGAAGAAACGAAUAAAUUACGUUUAAAAUUAUCUCGAUUAGAAGUUAAGUCAAUAGAAGAAAAAGCUUCUGGUGAAGUACUUAAAUGGCGUCGAAAUUUUGAUACAUCUUCCUCGAUUCAACUCGAACGCGUAUUCAAUGGGAUAGAAAAACGUAAACAAGAAGAAGUGAUUGCUUUAGUUAAUGAACUACGUAUUGCUCUCGACGAAUUCAAAGAAACAAGUCUUAGACGUCUUGCAGAACUUGAUGGAUUCAUUUCGGAGAAAAGUCUCAACGAUGAGGGUCAAGUUAAUUAUGUUAAAUUUGAGUUGGAUUCGAUGGACAAAAAAAUUGAAUGUCUUCAAAUGAAUAUUAUUGUAAAAGUUGUUGAUACAUCCAGACAACGGCGUUCAUCGACUGCACUCACUCGAAAUACACUUGAAUUAAAUAAAGUAUUUGAUUUUAACAAGCCUCCAUCAAAUUCUGAUUCAUCAACUGGGUUUUUUCAAGCUAUCAGAAAUUUUUUUAAUCGUGCUUCAUCAGCUGGAGCAAGUUAUUACAAUAUCGAUUUACCUGAAUAA